CCGCCCCGGGUCGGCGCGUGCGCACUAGGUACGCAGUCUGUAAGCAAGCCCGCGCUUCUGGGCAGAAGCGACAAUCCCGGCUGCACGUGGGCUCCGGGGCGAUGGAGGGAGUGAUGCAGACUGAGACUAAGAUCCGCGCUGAGUCUGGAAUAGAGUCCGGCCCUCGGGGUCCCGGUUGUAGCCUCCGGAACUUUGCCUGCGAACAGAAUUUGUUGUCCCGGCCCGAUGGCUCGGCCUCUUUCCUGCAAGGCGAUACCUCCGUCCUGGCAGGCGUGUACGGGCCAGCAGAGGUGAAAGUCAGCAAAGAGAUCUUCAACAAGGCCACACUGGAGGUGACCCUGAGGCCGAAGAUCGGUCUGCCUGGCGUAGCGGAGAAGAGCCGGGAGCGGCUGAUCAGAAACACGUGUGAAGCAGUGGUGCUGGGAGCCCUGCACCCCCGCACCUCCAUAACCGUGGUGCUGCAGGUCGUCAGCGAUGCUGGCUCUGUAUCCUUUCCCCCUAGGCCACCUCCUCCAGGAAGUCCUCCAGAAUCCAAAGCCUGUGCCAGUGACCUCAUCUCUGACCCUGAGCUUGGAUUUGAGGCUCAACACCGGGGGAGCCCUGAGCAGCUCCUGGCCUGUUGCCUGAAUGCCGCCUGCAUGGCACUGGUGGACGCAGGUGUGCCCAUGCGGGCCCUCUUCUGUGGGGUCACCUGUGCGCUGGACUCUGAUGGGACCCUCCUGCUGGACCCCACAGCCAAGCAAGAAAAGGAGGCCCGGGCAGUCCUGACCUUUGCACUUGACAGCGUGGAACGGAAGCUGCUGAUGUCCACCACUAAGGGGCUCUACUCUGAUGCUGAGCUCCAGCAGUGCCUGGCUGCAGCCCAGGCUGCCUCCCAGCACGUCUUCCGCUUCUACCGGGAAUCUCUGCAGAGGCGUUACUCCAAGAGCUGAGGCACGCUGGGGCAAGCUGCCCCUCCCACCACCUCCAGCAUCAAAUAAACUGGUAGCCCAGCCCUGCUGAGAAAGUGGCUAUAGCCAGCCCCUGGGCCCGGGGGGCACAGACUCCACCCCACCCCAGGAAAACACUAGUAGGAUGGUGCAUUUAUUGACUGACUCAACUCAUUCUAACAGCCCGGUGAAGUGGGACUGCUGUUACAGUGUGCAGGCCUCAGCGGUGAAUGAGGCCCACGUCCCAGGUUCGAGGAGCAGUGAUGUGAUGGACAAAUAAAAUUGGUGUUUUUUGGA